AUGGCAGCCUUAAGCAGAUUCAUCUCCAGGCUCUCCGACAAAUCCCAUGCCUUCUUUGAAACCCUUAAGAAGCCAAAAGAUUUUGAAUGGACCGAGAAGUGUGAAUCGGCCCUCGAGGAGCUCAAAACCUAUCUUUCCACGCCUCCCCUCUUAUCCAAACCCUUGCAUGGCAAAGUCUUGUUGUUGUACCUUGUUGUCUCAGAGCAUGCAGUCAACGCCGUCCUGGUCCGGGAAGAGGGGACCAAGCAGCUACCAAUUUACUACAUAAGCAAAGCCUUCCUAGACGCGGAAACUCGCUACUGUCAUCUAGAGAAGCUGGCCCUAGCUUUGAUGGUCGCCGCUCGGAAACUACGACCCUAUUUGCAAGCUCAUCCGAUUGUGGUCGUCACCUCGUUCCCUAUAAAGUUGGUUCUACAUAAGCCCGAGGUCUCCGGAAGACUAGCAAAAUGGGCAGUCGAGCUAGGGGAAUACGACGUGAUCUUCAGGCCGGCCACGGUACAAGGAGAAUAUCAAGCCAAAGACGACAGCAUGAUCCAAUAUCUGGCAGUCGCUCAGCGCCUCAUAAGCAAGUUUAAAAGCUGUAAACUCACGCAGAUCCCCAGGGAGCAGAAUUCACAGGCCGACGCUCUGGCUAACCUAGGGUCGGCCCUCCAGACGCAGACUCAGAUGAGCAUCCCAGUAUUAGUGUUGCAAUGGUCGGCCACCCUAGAACCGCUGAACGAAGAGGUCUCUGCCAUCGAGGAAGAAGAAACCUGGAUGACCCCCAUAGUUUGGUACCUCAAAGACGAUAUCCUCUCCGAAAAUCGCAAUGAAAGCAAGAAAAUCAAGAAACAGGCCGCUAGAUAUUGUCUAUCUCAGGGAGUAUUGUAUCGGAGGUCAUUUGCCGGUCCAUACCUAAGGUGCGUUACACCCCGUGAAGCAGCUAGAAUCCUGGUCGAACUACAUGAAGGAGAUUGCGGAUCUCAUUCCAGCGGGAGGAGCCUGGUGCUGAGAACUAAGAGAGCAGGCUAUUAUUGGCCAACAAUGGCGGAAGAAGCUAACAAGAAGUCUAGACUCUGCGACAGAUGCCAAAGACACGCCCCAAUCCCUAGGCUACCUCCGGAAAACCUCAAGUCCAUAAGUUCGCCAUGGCCCUUAAAGAAAUGGGGCAUGAACAUAGUAGAAAAGUUCUCCACAGCGCCGGGGCAGAAAGUCUUCAUCCUAAUGGUAACAGAUUACUUCUCAGAAUGGGUCGAAGCAGAGGCACUCAGCAGAAUAACCGACCUCAAGAUCAGAAAGUUCAUAUGGACGCAUGUGAUCACACGGUUCGGGGUUCCAUAA